AUGGCUCACAGGCAAACCCUCGCCACGCCAAUCAACCUCAUCCUCGCAUCCGUCUUCAUCGUCGUCGUUUACCUUCAGUUCCGCCCCAAGAAGCCCGUGACACUGCCCAAAGCCCCAGCGCCCGUCGUCUUCCGCACUUUCACCCCAUCGACGUUGUUGCCAUUCAACGGCAAUGAUGGCGCACCGGUCUAUCUAGCUGUGCGCGGUAGAGUGUUUGAUGUCACUCCGGGACGACACUUUUACGGGCCGGGCGGAGCAUACGAGAACUUUGCCGGCCGCGACGCUACUCGCGGUCUCGCAUGCCAGAGCUUUGACGAGUCGAUGCUCACCCAGGAUCUCAAGGGUCCGCUCGACGAUCUCAGCGGUCUCGACGAAGAGCAAUUGGAGAACUUGCAGGGUUGGGAAGAGCGGUUCUUGGAGAAGUAUCUGAUUGUUGGGAAGCUUGUUGCGGAGGGCGAUCCUGAGGCGCCAAAGGCUUAG